CAUUUAAAUGUUGCAAUCCCGGAACUUCUUACCUGGCUACAAACACAAAUACUGACAGUCAUCGUUGAAAGCUGUCUAGCUAGAACUAUUGAAGCAACAUUAUUCAUUGCUGAUUUUCAAGUGCCCACUCUGAAGCUAUGAAACCAGCGGUCGAUGAAAUGUUCCCUGAAGGAGCGGGGCCGUAUGUAGAUCUCGAUGAGGCAGGUGGCAGCACUGGAUUGUUGAUGGAUUUGGCUGCUAAUGAGAAAGCAGUGCACUCGGACUUCUACAAUGAUUUUGAAGAUCUCUUUGAUGAUGAAGACAUUCAAUAGUGAGGACUGGUGGGAUGGGAUGUUGUAAAAAUAUUGUCUAUUUUACAUGAAAUGUUUGCUGUUUCUGUAUAAAGUGUAGUUUAUUGUUUCUGCUCAGGAUUUGGUUGUCAAUAAAAUCUUUAUGAAAAAAAAGGUAA